AUACUUCUUCCCCAAGGACCUCAACAUCUCUGGUCAACUAUCUGUGCACCAUUUCCAUUUGACCCCCCUCCUCCCUGAUUAAUUUGUAGUUGCGAUGGAGAAAAGGUUCACGCUCCUCCAAACCGUUGCUGCAGCUGGAGUAUUCUCUGCUGUUUCCUGCUGGUACGGAUUCAUGUUUGGAAGGGAAUCUGCUCGGAAAGAACUCGGUGUUUUGAUUGAAGAUCUGCGUCGUGGAAAUCCCAAAAUGGACACUUCUCACGAUUCCUGAAUCUCCCUACCAGUGGAGUAGCUCUUGUAUCAGGUUCUGAAUAAGCACUCUGAAGUUGGCGUGGGGGGGAUAACUUGAAUGGUGCAGGUCACAGGCAGCUGUUGGGGCUGCAAUUGCAUUCAUGAGGGGCCCUAAAGUGGCUUAACUGGAGAAAACCCAUGAUUUACUUAUUUGGAUUGGUUCAAUGUCAAAGCAUAACUGCAUGUUUUACACACAUGUAUAGAUGCUCCAACGGAGUUGUAGCUUGAUCUUUGUAAUUGACAUGCUCCA